GGCCGCUCCGCCCGGGAGUCGGACCAGCGCCCCAGCGCGGACCCUGAGCGCGGUCGGAAAGACGUUAGCGCCCCGGGGCCACGACCCGGCUUGCUGGAAGGAAACUUGGGGACAUCUGUAAGGAGAGGAAUAGGAAGGACCCGAGGAGAUGCAGUAAAGGAGGGCCAUGUGGAUCCUUUGGAACCAAGGACUGGAACUGACAUGCAAGACUUCCAGCAACUGAGGGUUUCAUGAGCACACUCCUUUGCCAAGAUCUUGGUGAAUAGUCUUUAACUGCGCAGUUGCGUCUUAGACAUUGUUUUACUUGUUAUCAUGAUUGUACUUGGCUGGAUGCUUUUUGUUGGACUUGCAUGUUACAUGGGCACAUUUCCGGAGUUCAUGCCUCCAACUCUGAAGUGGAAAGAGAAGUGGUCUGUUCAGGAGGACAAGACACGACUGAGGAGCCAGACCUUGGAUGAAGACCCGCAGCUCUGAACUCCGGUGGAAAUGAGCAAAGAUGAUCCUGGCGAAGUAAUGCAGCUCUGAAGCUCACCUGGCCGGCUACACAGCUCCUGUUGUUGGUUUUGCAUAAAGUAAUUGCACAUUAUUUUGUCACAUUUUAUGUAAAAAGUUACCGUACUUUUUAAGAUGAAGACUUGGUAUUCUGUUAGCUCGAAACAGGGGGAUGCAGGGUGGGGAGGUAGUUAGAUGAAAUGUGAUUGGGUCAUUUGUGUUUUAAGACUGGCAUUAAGACUAAAAUACCUCAUUCAAUUUGCCCCCUCUUCUGUAUCCUUAAGGAUGGAAAUUCUCCAAAGCUCCUUAGACCCAGUUCCCAAGUAUAGGCUUUCUCCUGCGUCCAGGUUCAGGGUUGAAAAAAACGUUACAGAAAAUGCUGUUGGGGUAACUUCAAGCCUAUCCUUUGGGGAUAAGUCUCUGUGGCCUUUUCACAGCUAUUAUCAAGAACUUAAGGCUUACACUGUAUGGGGAAAGGACUGCAUUUUAAUAUCGGGUGCUAAAUUGUACAUUAUUUUUACACUCGCAAUAACCUGGGUUGGGCUCUGGCCUCAUUUAACAAAAUGGCAAAAAUGAAGUUGAGAGGUUCAAGGAUCUUACCAGCCCCACAGCUCUGGAUUGCAGAAUCAAGAUUAAGAUCCAGACCUUCUCCUUGGUUUUUUUUUUUUUUUAAAGAUUUUAUUUAUUUAUUUGACAGAGAGAAAUCACAAGUAGACA